AUGUUUGAUGAGAUUGGCAUUGUUCUUAUCACAGGUUGUGGUGUGCGAGGUUCCAUCGCAGUGGGAGCUGUUCCCUAUGACUAUAACCUAAAGCAGCUGCCUGGCUAUGACACCUGUUCUGCUGGUUAUCAUGGUGAUGAUGGAAAGUUGUACGCUGGGCGUGGAGUUGCACAGCGAGUCUCUGACAAAUGUCAGUCUGGAGACAGGAUUGGCUGUGGAUCGAGGGAGGACAGAGCUGGACAGCAAAACACAGGGAGUGCAAGUCUCUACUUUACCCGAAACGGAAAAGAGGUUGGCAGUGUGAUAGUCCCAGUGCCAUUGGAGAAGCUGCACCCUGCUGUAGGAAUGCACUCGAUCGGGGGGGAGGUGCAGCUAGACCUGUUGGCAGAGUGGCCUUCAACCGAUGAAGACAACCUAAUGGUGGUGGAUAGCCACGAAGACAAUUGGGCUCGGCUACAUGACAUGAAGCUCUCAGGUUCAGUGCUUGAGUAUGCUGGCAAAGGGAAAAGUAUCUUGGAUGUGGGACUUGCACAGGCGAAGCUGCCCCUGAGCACCGGGAGUCACUACUUUGAGGUGGAGAUUGUGAAUCCAGGUGCCAAGUGCUACAUUGCAGUGGGAGUAGCGAGAAAGGAUUAUCCCAAACAGCGACAUCCAGGAUGGAGCAUGGGUUCGGUAGCAUACCAUGCAGAUGAUGGGAAGAUUUUCUCUGGGAGUGGAGUGGGACAUCCAUUCGGCCCGCGUUGUUACAAGGGAGAUAUCAUGGGCUGUGGAAUCAUGUUCCCACGGGAUUUCCAUCUGGACAGUGAAGUAGAAACCAAUAUGUAUAGACGUUACUUUUUAAUGAUUGACCUGUGA